AUGAAAUUAAGAUCAAACAGUAUUUCUUUAUUGGCUCCACCUGUGUUUGAUGGUGAAAACUGCCAGACAUGGGCUAUCAGAAUGCAAGCCUACAUGGAGGGUUGUGAUUAUUGGGAAGCAAUUGAGCAAGACUAUGAGAUUGCUCCAUUUCCUGAUAACCCAACAAUACAUCAGAUUAAGACUCACAAGGAGAGGGUCACCAGGAAGGCAAAAUCUCGAGCUUGCCUAUAUACAGCUGUGUUUCCCACCAUAUUCAACAAAAUUAUGGUCUUGAAGUCGGCAAAGGAGAUCUGGAAGUUCCUCAAAAGUGAGUAUGAAGGUGAUGAGAGGAUUAAAGGCAUGAAAGUGUUGAACCUGGUGCAUGAAUUAGAGAGAAUGCAAAUGAAGGAUUCUAAGUCCAUUAAAAAGUACUCAAAUAAGUUGAUUGGGAUUGCUAACAAGGCAAGAGCAUUAGAAACCAAUUUAUCUGACAAUAGAUUGGCUCAGAAGAUUCUAGUUUCAAUACCUGAGAGAUAUGAAGCAACCAUUGCUUCCUUAGAAAAUACUAAAGACGUAUCAAAACUCAGGGUGAUAGAAGUGGUUAGUGCUUUGUAA